AUGCAUCCACAGUUAGAAGCAGAACGUUUUCAUUCCUGCUUGGACUUCAUUAAUGCCCUUGAUAAAUGCCAUCAAAAAGAAUAUUACAAGAGAAUAUUUGGCCUUUGUAACAACGAAAAGGACGCUCUGAACAAAUGCCUCAAGGAGGCAAGUUUAAAUAACAAAAAACGUGCUGUCAUAGAAAGUAGAGUAAAGAGAGCUGAUGUAGAAAAGAAAUGGAAGAAAAUUGAGGAAGAGGAAUAUGGCGAGGACGCUAUACUGAAGACUAUCUUAGAUAGGCAGUACGCCAAGAAAAAGCAAGCAAGUGACAAUGAUGCGAAUUCGAAAUAG